GCCGUCCGUUAGGGGGCGCAAGCUCUACGCUUGCUUUGUGGGCGAGAUGAAGAAACUAUUGACGUCAUUAUCCUGCGACUUUAAGUGGGAAGACUAAAAACAAAACUUUGUUGACUCCGAAUCCAAAGAGAAAGAAACAUGCCCGUGUGUAAAUUUUUUCUCCAAGGCCGUUGUCUUUACGGUGAUAAAUGUUGGAACGAGCACCCGAGAGGAGGCGGUGGAGGAUAUAAUAACUAUAAUCGCUCUUCGCCUCCGCAGCAGUCCCGAGGAGGUGGAGGGUAUGGCAACAAGGUUUGGGUGAAUCCCUCUCAGCAGAAAGGAGGCUUCAACCAGCAACAGCACUCCAGCCUGAGGGAUCCCAGGGGCAAUAUAGGACAGGACGUGAAGAGCUCCGAUUUUAGUUUCUCUUCCCAAAACAGAUUUUCGGCACUCGGCAACAAUAACAACUUUGAGAGCGAACGAAGGGGAGGAGGGGGAAGAGAAGCAACGGUAGCUGGUGAAGAAGACGAUGAACAGAAACUGGAGAUCAUACAGAGUGAUAUGAAGGCCUGGGAGAGCUCGGGCCAGUGGGGCUUCUCCUGUUAUGGUAGCUUCAAGACACAAUUAUCUGGUUUUACUGAUCUAUCUCCAGAAGAGCUUCGGCUGGAAUAUUACUCUACGAAAGCAUCAGGAGACAUGCAGAGUUAUGUGAGUGGUGUCAAUCUGUUGCUCAGUCAAUGGAGGAACAGAAUCCAGGAGCUCCUGCGAAUGAAUCCAGCCACUCGUGCAGCUUUGCUUGCAGAACUAAAGAAUCCAUCACAUCAGGCAUCGCCUAGUGGCUUUGGCUCAACAGCUUCCGGAUUUGGGUCAUCUUCAUUUGGUCAGGGCAGCACAGGAUUUGGGGCAGCACCAGUCCAGGCAAGCAUCAAUUUCAGUUUUGCUGCUCCGGCAGGUGGAUUCGGUUCCUCACCAGCUCCAAUAUCCAAGCCAACUUUUGGCAGCGCAAUCUCAGCCCCAACAGGUUUUGGUGCCCCCUCCUCGUCGUCUGCUUUCGGUUCAAGCGCUCCUUCGGCUGCAUCGUUCUCCUUCGCUUCUCCAGCCAGCAACCAGCCGGCGGCUCCAUCUUCAGGAUUUGGCUCGGCCGGAGGCUUCAGCUUCUCCUCCACUACAAACAACAAAGGCUCGUUUGGAAGCGGUUUUGGGUCCGAGGCACCCGCGGGAAGUUUAUUCGGACAGUCAAGUUCCUCCACGAGCGCCUCUGGAGGUGCCUCGGACAUGUUGUUCUCCCCCGAGAGCGAACUGAGCCCCGAAGAGCUGGAGCAGUUUAAAGCGCAGAGGUUUACUCUGGGACAUAUUCCCUUGAAGCCUCCUCCUGCUGAAAUGCUCCGGGUUUAAUUUAAAGCUUCAAAUUAUUUUAUGAUCACACCCAAAUAAAAAAAACAUUUAUCUGUUUUCCCGCA